CUCACGAGAAGUCACCUGUUGUCUCGUACCAUCAAGAUCAAAAUAAAGAUCGCCAAGGAGGGCGGGGAGCAAGGUCGCUUAGGACGUUGAUGUGUCAGAAUUCGGAUUACCCUUAUAGGUUACUUCUGUGGAAGUUUAUAACCUGAACUGCACACUGGAACAAAAUGCACUAUAAUAAUGACAGCUUGGUGCACUUUGCCGAGGCAGCGGGUGAUCACGAGGGGCGCCUCACCCACAAGUCGCCACCCAGGACACUGUAUGACUCAGCUUACAAGGAACGAUGGUUUAAAUUGAGAGCCAACUUGUUGUUCUACUAUCGUCUGAAUGAGUUUGGAGGAGUAGAGAAAAAUGAGCCAAGUGGUGUCUUUGUUUUAGAGAAUGUUGAAAUUCAGAUGGAACAUACUGAUCUUCCCUUUGGAUUUGCUAUCAGGUGGAAGGAUGACUUGGAGAGGAAGCAUCUCUUCUUUGCCAGCUCGGAAGCGAGUGCUGUGACGUGGAUGAACAAAUUAAUAAAUGCAAGUUAUGAACACUUGAGAGCACAGAUGGUAAUGUUAAGAGUUCAGAUUAGAAGAAAAACAGGAAAGGAUCCUCUUGAACACCUUGGUACUCCUCUCAUGCAGCGGACAUCAUGGGCAGAUGCACAACGCAAGUCACGGUUUCAUGUUGACCUAGAGGAGGAUCAGUUAUCGCAAGAGUUACCAAAGGAAUAUGCAUUACAGUCAUCUAGUCUUACAGACCACCAGAGACCAGACAGAUUGAGUCCAUCGAGGUACAGUUUGGCAGCAAAAAGUCCCUAUUUGAAGGUCAAAGUUGAAAAGAGCCCAUCAUUGAGGGAGCCACUGCGAGCUGCUCCGGUCCCUCCUCCAAGGAAAGGAAAGAAACACACCGGUGAAAAUGGACACGUAGUGGUGGAUAAUUUAGUACCAGGACUGGAAUGCAAGGUUGUAGAUGACUUGGUGCCAGGCGUGGGGGGCAGCAGGGCCUCAUUCAGGUGCCAUAUAGACGAUGAGUGUCUUCCAAAGAAAAAAGACAACUUACUUGACUGACAUCCUCCUGUGUGUCAGCAAGUCAGCCUCAAAAUGAAUCUCUUCCUUUACAGUUGACUUAAGCAACUCAAUUAUUAUUGCUAUGAGUGCUGUUUGACAUGAAGGCAAUGAAGUGUGUAUUGCUAUAAUAUUUAACCCAAAUAAUCCUCAGGUGCCUUAUGAAAAUAUGAAUAUUUUGUGA